CCCAGCCCCUAGCCUCCCGCGCGGCCGCUCUGCCUAAGCAAGAACGCGGAGACCCCUGGCACAGCUGGCUCAGGCCCUGCUCUCGGGGCCUCUCCAGCCCUGCCAGGCGCGCGGGCCCACCAUGUUCCUGCUGUCGCCGCGCAGCGCGCUCCUGUCCGUCUACUGCCCGCAGAUCUUUCUCAUCCUGUCCAGCGGCAGCUACCCAGCACUGUCCUCCGUGGUGGCCCUGGGGGCCAACAUUAUCUGCAACAAGAUCCCUGGCUUGGCCCCACGGCAGCGCGCCAUCUGCCAGAGCCGGCCGGACGCCAUCAUCGUGGUCGGGGAGGGGGCGCAGAUGGGCAUCAAUGAGUGCCAGCACCAGUUCCGCUUUGCCCGCUGGAACUGCUCCGCCCUGGGUGAGAGGACCGUCUUCGGGCAGGAGCUCCGAGUAGGGAGCCGGGAGGCCGCCUUCACCUAUGCCAUCACAGCAGCGGGAGUGGCACAUGCUGUCACCGCCGCCUGCAGUCAGGGCAACCUGAGCAACUGCGGCUGCGACCGGGAGAAGCAGGGCUACUACAACCAGGCGGAGGGCUGGAAGUGGGGCGGCUGCUCUGCCGACGUGCGCUACGGCAUCGACUUCUCCCGGCGCUUCGUGGACGCCCGCGAGAUCAAGAAGAACGCCCGUCGUCUCAUGAAUCUGCACAACAACGAGGCCGGCAGGAAGGUCCUGGAGGAGCGCAUGAAGCUGGAAUGCAAGUGCCACGGAGUGUCGGGCUCCUGCACCACCAAGACGUGCUGGACCACACUGCCCAAGUUCCGCGAGGUGGGCCACCUGCUCAAGGAGAAGUACAACGCAGCCGUGCAGGUGGAGGUGGUGCGCGCCAGCCGCCUGCGGCAGCCCACCUUCCUGCGCAUCAAACAGCUGCGCAGCUACCAGAAGCCCAUGGAGACGGACCUGGUGUACAUCGAGAAGUCGCCCAACUACUGUGAGGAGGACGCGGCCACGGGCAGCGUGGGCACGCAGGGCCGCCUGUGCAACCGCACCUCGCCCGGUGCCGACGGCUGUGACACCAUGUGCUGCGGUCGUGGCUACAACACGCACCAGUACACCAAGGUCUGGCAGUGCAACUGCAAGUUCCACUGGUGCUGCUUCGUCAAGUGCAACACGUGCAGCGAACGCACCGAGGUCUUCACCUGCAAGUGAGGGCCGGCCAGCAAGGC